GAUUUUGGCAAAUAAUAAAACCGAAAAAAUAUAUUGCCAAACAGUCAGUUUUUGGUUAAUGCUUCGGGAAUCGUCAUGUUGUUAGCUGAAAUUCACUGAAACUUGGAACUAUUCUUGGCAACAAAUAUUUUAAAUACUUUUGCUCGAAAUCCCUAAAUUUUUCCCUAAAUAUUUCACAACUCUAGAUUCAUCCCUGAGACGCUUGAAAAUCACUAAAUCUAGCGAUCAAAUCCCCAAUCUGGCAAUACUGCUUCGUACUCUGGGAUCACUCUCCAUCGUUUUGGCCAGAGCAGAAGUAAAGGGCGGGAAGAAAAUAAAAAAUGUCCGCAAAUGUGAAUGAUUUGAAUCAUGUUGAUCUUUUGGAUCCAGCGAUAAUUUUCGGCGCUGAUGAUCUUCUUUUUCAAGACGACGGUGGCGAAAAUCUUGAGUUUUUUCGACCGAAUGAACGAGAAAAUCACGCAAGGAUGCAAACUUAUUUUGAAGAAAUUAUACCUUUGUAUUCAUUGUCAGAUUUUCAGUCACACUUCCGACUUACUCGGCGAACCUUUCAGAAAGUCCUUGAUGAUAUGGGCCCCUUCUUACAUACACACAAUCCUGGACCUGCUAGAAUGUGCCCAGGAAAGCAAUUGUGCAUUGUUAUAUGGACAUUUCCCAACCAGGAAGUAUACAGGUCAAUAGCUGAUCGUUUCGGCGUUUCAAUGAACACAGCAUGGAGAUGCACGUUUAAUGUCGCUCAAACUCUGAAUAAUCAGACUCACAAUUAUAAUCGGUGGCCUGAGGGUCAAAAAUUAAUUGAAGCAGAAGAACAAUUCAGGGCAAUAUCAGGAUUUCCCGGUGUUGUUGCGACAGUUGAUGGAUGCCAUAUUGAAGUUAGUGCUCCUCAGUUCGAUGAAGGGAGUUACGUAAAUCGGAAGCACUUUCAUUCAGUCAUCUUGCAAGGAAUGAGCGAUGCCAAUAUGAAAUUUGUCGACGUAUUUACUGGAAUUUGCGGUAGUGUUCAUGAUGCUCGAGUACGGCAGAUGAGUGGCAUUAAACAAGCAAUAAAUGAAGAACCCGAACGUUUUUGUCCACGAGAAACGCAUUUCAUUGGUGAUUGGGCCGAUUUCGUAGGCUAAGGUACCUUUAUGUGCAGCACAUUGAAAAUGCACCUCUCAUCAUUGUUGCAUAUUGCGUUCUUCACAACAUCUGUCUUGAUUUGGAGGAUGUAGUGGAUGAAGAAGUAGUUGACGAAUUCGUUGAUGUCGGGAACGGUGCAAUUGACGACCAAUAUGGCAGAGAUGUAGUUGCAGCCGUGGAAAAGCGCUUCAUAGUUGCUGCAUUAUUAUUUAACGCAAGAAGAUUAAGAACACAGCCACACAAAAAAAAGUGUGCGGAUCUGGUAACAAGACAC